AUGGGAGGCACGCUUGCGACGCAGCUUAUCUCGAUGAUUCCCACGCAUAACCUAUUCAGUCACAGUGACAGUGACAGUGACUCACUCUCGACUACUUUCUCUUCACCCAAGGUGACGGCAGUGUGAGUGUUGAAUGGCACCCUCUCUACUGCUCCAGAUUGCAAGACUCACUGGACUCACCGCCCUGCUCCAGUCACGAGUCACGAGUCACGAGUCCUGAAUGUCCUGCUGAUGAUCUGCGCGUUUGA